AUGCAUGUUAGACACGCUACAAUCUUCUCCGUCUUGCUCGUCCUCUUCAUGCUCUCCGUCAUCGUCACACAGAAGCCCCUCUUCCCGACUCGGUCACCGCCGCGUCUCAUCAACCACGUCAACGGUGGGUGCGAUUACUCCGACGGGAAAUGGGUGAGGGACAUCACCGCCACCACCACGACCUAUGGGGAGGACUACCCGUUCCUCGACCCCGGCUUCCGUUGCAUGCAAAAUGGCCGAAACGACUCGUCCUUUCGUCAGUGGCGCUGGCAACCUCGCCAUGGUAGCUGCCACCUCCCUAAGUUUAACGCGUCCGAUAUGCUGGAGAGGAGCCGGAACGGCCGGAUCGUGUUCGUCGGCGACUCCAUCGGUCGCAACCAAUGGGAGUCCAUGUUGUGCAUGCUCGCCGCCGCCGUGCCGGCCGGUUCGAGGAUAAAAGAGAAGUUCGGGAAGCCCCUGAGCCGGCACAAGGGCUACCUCUCCAUGGUCUUUGCGGAUUACAACCUCUCCGUGGAGUACUACCGCGCGCCCAUGCUCGUCAAGGUCGACCGUCUCCCGCCGACGAGCGAUGGCGCAAUCAAGAGGGCCAUCCGGCUUGACGUGGUGCCGCGGCAUGCCGCCCGCUGGGCCAGCGCCGAUGUGCUCGUCCUCAACACGGGUCACUGGUGGAACCUGCAUAAGACCAUCAAAUCAGGAAACUAUUUCACCGUGGGCGAUCGGUUCAACGUGACAACAAACAUCAAGGAAGCAUUCCGACGGUCUUUGCAGACGGUGAAAGAUUGGGCACUGACCAAUCCCCGACUCUCCAAGAGGGGCCACCUCUUCUUCAGGAGCUAUUCCCCAUCACACUACGGCAAUCGGACAUGGGACACGGGUGGCUCCUGCACGGACCAAUGGGAUCCGCUGACGACGAGCACGAGUGAGAGGGACCAGCAGGAGCACUCGUGGAUCAAUACAAUGAUCUCGAGUGUGGCACGGAGCAUGAGGAGACGGCAUGGGAUGAACAAGGAUGCGGUGUUCUUGAACAUAACAUACACGACGGGCUUGAGGAGGGAUGGGCAUCCGUCGCGGUACCGGGAGCCCGAGACGCCAUCGGAUGCGCCCGAGGAUUGUAGCCACUGGUGCCUGCCGGGUGUGCCGGACGUGUGGAACCAGAUGAUGUACGGGCACCUCGUGUCCAUGGGAUUCGACAUGGGGUCGAUUAAUAGAUAG